CCCCCCACGCCCCCCCUCUCGCAGUAUGCCGUCGCCCGGAGCCCGGCGACCUGGCGCCCCGGCGCCUCUGCGCGUCGACACGUCGGUUGCACCUGGCCGCCCCCCGGCACCAAGCCGGCCGGCCGGGGGCGGCAUGCACGCACGCCUGCUGGCCCUCCGUCGGAUGGCCAUGCGCGCGGUCUUCCUGCUGGUGCUGGUCCUCUGCAGCACCCCCAUGUGCGCCGGGAUCCUGGUGCUGCAGCCGUGGUUCCAGCUGGUCGGGUAUCUUGGCCUCUGGACCGCGCCCCUGGGCUGGCCGGAUGGCUCGCUCACCGAGCACCCGGCCGAGCUGGACGCCGAUGGCAAGCCGGCCGCCGGCGCGGCCCGCGCCACCGGCAUGCUUGGCCGCACGCGCGCCGUCCGCCGGUACAUGGCUCUGCUCCAGUGCCACUGGGCCACGCUGCUGACGUUGCUGCAUUACUGCCUCGGCCCCGGGGAGCUGGUGGUUACCGGGGACCUCGACCGCCUCUUCCGCGACAACUCCGUCCUCCUGGCCAACCACCAGACCACCGCCGACUGGUGGUUCCUCUGGACCCUGGCCCACCACCGGAACCACGAGCUCCAGAUUGAGGCCCGCCAGCGGGCCGCCGCCGCCGGCAUCCGACGGACAUGGCGCGAUGCCCUGUCCGGCCGGCCGGCCCCCAUGGCCGGCGCCUUUGUCAUCCUGCUGAAGGCCUCCCUGCAGCACAUCCCGGUGUUCGGCUGGGGAAUGCAAAUCUUCCGCUUCAUCUUCCUCAAGCGCAACUGGCUCGAGGACCGGCUGCCGCUGGUCCGGCAGCUGCGCUACCUGCGGCACCUGUCCCAGGUGGACGACGCCCCCAUGACGGUCAUCCUCUUCCCCGAGGGGACAAUCCCCUCCCCCGGCACGCGCAGCCGGUCGGACGCCUUCUCCGAGAAGCGGUACCUGGAGCUGGCCGAGGCGCUCGGACUGCCGGACAGCCAGCCGGACAGCCAGCCGGCCCCGGGCCACGCCCCGGUCGGGCUGCCCCCCAACGCCGCCGCCGGCUCGCCCACCGACACGCCCACCGACUCGCCCACCGACACGCCCACCGACACGCCCACCGACACGCACUCGGUCAGCUCCCUGGACUCGUGCUGCUCCUCGUCGUCGGACUCGGAGUCCGCCUCCAGCGGCGAGGAAACCGCCGACGAGCAGUCCCUCCUCUCCCACCACCACCGGCACCAUGAUCAUGCGCUGCUGGCGGUGGACCUGCUCAAAAAGCCCUCCCCCCCCCUGAAGCCGGAGCAGCCGGCCGUCACCCCCCCGACCCUUGCCGCCGCCGCCGCCGCCGCCGACACCAACACCGACACCGACACCGACACCGCCGCCGCCCUGGCCCAGCUGGCCGCCUGCUACCGGGCCACCUGCGACCGGUGCCACUUCGCCCCGGCCAGCCUCCCCUCGCGGCAGGCCUUCCUCCAGGCCCACCGCAUGGAGCAGGUCCUGUACCCGCGGGUGCGCGGCGCGGCGGCCGUCCUGCGCAGCCUGGCCGGCCCGGGCAGCGCCUGCCCCACGGUCAUCGACGUGACCCUCGGAUACCAGUGCAUGGAUGAGGAGGUGUUCCAUGGCUGGGCGCCGGCCAGCAUGCGCGACCGGCGCAUGCUGCGCUUCUUCGCCGACGAGUCGGCCGCCACCGGGGCCCGGCCGGAUGCCCGGGGCAAUCGCAACGGCCAGGCGGCCCUGCGGCGCCUGGCGGCCGGCGGGCCGGCCGUCCAGGACGAGCCCCCCAGCUUCACCAACCUCGUGGUGGACCCCCAGCCGGGCCCCAUGCGCCGGCGCAUUCACAUGGACCUGCGUGUGCACUCGGCCGCGCGGGUCCCCUUCGGCCCGGUGCCGGAUCUGACCACGGCCGCCGCCCGGGCCCGGUACUCGGAUUUGACCGAGGCCGGGGCCAUCGACGCCCCGGCCCCGCGGCUGGAAUUCUGGCUGGAGACCAUCUUCCGGCGGAAGGCCCUGCUGCUGAGCCGGCUGUCUUCCUUCGGGGCCUUCUUCCCGGCGGCCGAUGCCGUCCCCCUGAGCCCGGCCUCCCCGCGGCCGGCGGCGGCGGCGGCGCCCGCCCCGGCGGCCAAAAGUGCCUGCUACUGUCGCUACGAGGACUCGCUCCUGGCCGCCAUGGACAGUCGCCCGGCCGACGGCACGCUGGCGUGCGACCGGGCCGGCGUCUCCCGUGUGUACCCCCUGAAGCCGGUGCCCGGGUCGGUCCUGCCGCUGGUGGCCUGGAUCUUCCUGGGGUUCCUGUGCCUGGCCAGCAUGCGCUUCGGCCUGACGGCGCUGCUGAAGCUGACCUUCAUCGGCCCGGCGCACCCGGGGCUCCCGGCGGACCUGCUUCGCGCGGUGGGCUACUGGUCCGGCGCGGCCUUCGUGGCCGGGGUCAGUGCCUGCCUGUGGGCGUGA